AUGAUUUUAUCAAUUCGACCUCAUAUUCGAGGAAUAUUUACAGUGUCGGCCUUUGCUCACAAAGAAUGUAGAAACCUUCUGGUUUCCGAAGCAGAACCAGACCAGCUAGAGCAGAAUACCCAUUUGGGUAGUCAUGUAGAUAUGCUCGAACUCAACGCUCAACUGAAGCAGCUAGUUAAAGUCGGUAAUGUGGUAGAGGCUCGGAAAAUGUUCGAUAAAAUGCCUCAAAGGGAUGAGAUUUCCUGGACCAAUAUGAUUUCAGGUUAUGUUGGUGCCUCUGAUGCCUCCGAAGCGUUGGCUUUGUUCUCAAACAUGUGGGUUCAACCUGGACUCUGCAUGGACCCCUUUGUUCUUAGUGUUGCACUCAAGGCUUGUGGACUUAGUUUGAACUUGUCUUAUGGGGAAGUCGUUCAUGGGUAUUCGAUAAAAUCGGGUUUUGUGAAUUCAGUCUUUGUGGGCAGUGCUCUUCUUGACAUGUAUAUGAAGAUUGGUAAGAUUGAGCAAGGAUGUAGAGUCUUUGACCAAAUGCCGAUAAGAAAUGUGGUAUCUUGGACUACCAUUAUAACCGGGCUUGUUCGUGCCGGUUACAAUGUGGAGGGUUUGGAGUAUUUUUCUGAAAUGUGGAGGUCAAAAGUACAGUAUGAUGCAUAUGCGUUUGCUAUCUCAUUGAAGGCAUGUGCUGAUUUGGGUGCUUUGAAUUAUGGUAGAGCGGUUCACACACAAACAAUGAAGAAAGGGUUUGAUGAGAACUCAUUUGUAGCCAACUCUCUUGCUACCAUGUACAAUAAAUGUGGCAAAUUAGACUAUGGGUUGCAGUUGUUUGCAAAGAUGAGGACCCAGGAUGUUGUUUCAUGGACAUCAAUCAUUACAACAUAUGUUUGGACAGGUCAAGAGGACCUUGCAAUCAAAGCAUUUAUAAAAAUGCAGGAAUCCGGUGUGAGUCCUAAUGAAUACACUUUUGCAGCCGUUAUCUCUGGAUGUGCCAAUCUUGCUAGAGUUGAAUGGGGUGAACAAUUACAUGCCCGCGCUUUACACAUGGGUCUUAUCGCUUCUUUGUCAGUAGGAAAUUCCAUUGUAACCAUGUAUUCCAAAUGUGGUCGUUUGGAUUCAGCUUCUAACGUGUUUAACGAGAUGGGCAUAAAAGAUAUUGUUUCAUGGAGCACUGUAAUUGCAGGGUAUUCUCAAGGAGGUUAUGGAGAAGAAGCUUUCCAGUAUUUGUCGUGGAUGAGAAGGGAAGGACCAAAACCAAAUGAGUUUCCUCUUGCUAGUGUAUUGAGUGUUUGUGGAAGCAUGGCAAUGCUUGAGCAAGGGAAGCAAUUGCAUGCUCAUGUCCUGUCUGUUGGUUUAGAGUGUACAUCUAUGGUACAAAGUGCUCUAGUCAAUAUGUAUUCAAAAUGUGGAAGUAUAAAAGAAGCUGCAAAAAUCUUUGAUGUGACAGAACAUGAUGAUAUUAUUUCAUGGACAGCCAUGAUUAAUGGAUAUGCUGAACAUGGGUACUACCAAGAAGCCAUUGAUCUGUUUGAGAAGAUUCCUAGUGCUGGUCUGAAACCAGACUCAGUCACCUUCAUUGGCGUUCUUGCUGCUUGUUGCCAUGCUGGAUUGGUUGAUCUUGGUUUCCACUACUUCAAUUCGAUGAGAACUAACUUUAGGAUUAAUCCUUCAAAAGAACACUAUGGCUGCAUGAUUGAUCUCCUCUGUCGGGCUGGACGGUUAAGUGAGGCAGAACAUAUGAUCAAAAGUAUGCCCUUUCACCAGGAUGAUGUUGUUUGGUCUACUCUGCUUAGAGCAUGUAGGCUCCAUGGUGAUGUUGACUGUGGAAAACGUGCUGCAGAGGAGAUUCUUAAAUUAGACCCAAAUUGUGCGGGGACUCAUAUAACCCUGGCAAAUAUGUUUGCUGCCAAAGGCAAGUGGAGGGAAGCAGCAGAUGUAAGGAAAAUGAUGAGAUCAAAGGGGGUAGUUAAGGAGCCCGGAUGGUCAUGGAUAAAGGUCAAGGAUCGGAUUUCUGCAUUUGUUGCUGGAGAUAGGUCUCAUCCACAAGGUGAUGAUAUAUACAGUGUGUUGGAAUUACUAGCUUCAAAGACAGAAGGCACUAUUCAGGAAAUGAGGUCUUCAUUAAUUGAUGUUGAAAGUUAG